AUGCCCGUGGCACGCAGUGACGCGCGCCGCCAUGGGGAAAAAGUUGCUUCAUAUAACCUCGGAAAACAUCCCGCCCAAGGCAACCCCGGUACAAAGGGUCUCGAGACCCCUUCAAGUCAGUUAUCGCUGCGAGACGCCACUCUUGGUCAGGAUGGAAGCCGCACUACAUCAUUCCAUGUCGCCUUUACUGACACUAAGCGGCUCAUUAGUGAUGCCGCAAGGAACCAGCUCGCCAUGAACUCCAUCAACACCGCCUUCGACGCCAAUGACGAGCCCACGAUUGUUGUGCAAUACAAGGAUGAGGAUAAGCAGUUUGCAGCUGAAGAGAUCUCCUCUGUGGUCUUUAUUGAAAUGAGAGAAAGAGCUCAAGAGUUUGAGGAGCUCAACAUGGAUUUGUUUAGGAAGUGCAUGGAGUUAGCAGAGAAGCGUUUGACAUAUGCCGAGAUGGAGAAGAACAGUAUCUAUGAUGUUGUGUUGGCUGGUGGCUCUAUUAGGGUUCCUAAAGCUCAUCAGUUGUUGCAGGAUUUCUUCAAUGGAAAAGAGCCAUGCAAGAGCCUCAACCCUGAUGAGGUUGUUUCCUAUGGUGCUGUUGUUCAGGCUUUCAUUAUGAGUGGUGAUGGAAAUGAAGAGGUGUAG